GAAGUUACGGGGUGGAAAAUGAAAGUGUUCCCGUGUUUACAGUCGGUUUACCUCCAUGGAUUAUCAAGCCUCUCUGACCCCAAUCUGCCUGUAACUCAAUUCCUCCAAAUUGCAUGGCCUCUGUAAUCUCAUUAAUCUGGGCACAUGGGGUUCAUAUAAGAGGGACGCUUGAGUCCCGGGCAGCAGAUCUCUCGCUCGCUCUCAAGGACUUCAUUCGCUUUCUAGCUUCGUCUGUCUCCUUUCUCUGUCUUGAUCCGUAACCAGUGAACCGAAUAUGAACGGAACGGAAGGUCCGAACUUCUACGUGCCGAUGUCCAACAGGACCGGUUUGGUCCGCAGCCCGUUUGAGGAGCCGCAGUAUUACCUAGCGGAGCCGUGGAAGUACUCGCUUCUGGCCGCGUAUAUGCUCUUCCUCAUCGCCACUUCAUUCCCCGUAAACUUCCUCACGCUCUACGUCACGGUGCAGCACAAGAAGCUCCGCACGCCCCUCAACUUCAUCCUGCUCAACCUGGCCGUGGCCGACCUGUUCAUGGUGGUGGGCGGCUUCACCGUCACGCUCUACACGGCCCUGCACGGAUACUUCGUCCUGGGGGUCACGGGCUGCUACAUCGAGGGCUUCUUCGCCACGCUGGGCGGUGAGAUUGCGCUGUGGUCUCUGGUGGUCUUGGCUAUUGAGCGCUACAUUGUCGUGUGUAAACCGAUGAGCACGUUUCGUUUUGGUGAGAAGCACGCCAUCAUGGGAGUGGGCUUCACCUGGGUCAUGGCCCUCACCUGCGCCGUGCCGCCCCUACUGGGCUGGUCCAGAUAUAUUCCCGAGGGGAUGCAGUGCUCUUGUGGAAUAGAUUACUACACUCCCAAACCGGAAAUCAACAACACCUCGUUUGUCAUCUACAUGUUCAUCCUGCAUUUCUUUAUCCCACUGCUGAUCAUCUUCUUCUGCUACAGUCGUCUGCUCUGCACUGUCCGCGCGGCUGCUGCUCAACAGCAGGAAUCAGAGACGACCCAGCGUGCCGAGCGGGAAGUGACGCGUAUGGUGAUCGUCAUGGUGAUUGCGUUCCUAGUGUGCUGGGUGCCGUAUGCCAGUGUGGCCUGGUACAUCUUUGCUAACCAGGGGACUGAAUUUGGUCCUGUCGCCAUGACGAUACCAGCUUUCUUUGCCAAGAGUGCAGCGCUCUACAACCCGGUCAUCUACAUCAUACUCAACAGACAGUUCCGGAACUGCAUGCUCACGACGGUCUGCUGUGGGAAGAACCCAUUCGGGGAGGAGGAGACCAGUAUGAUGACCAGUAAGACUCAGUCCUCGGUGGUCUCGUCCGCUCAAGUGGCUCCCGCCUGAACCUCCCAGCGGUUCCGAACCGGACCGGUCCGGCACGCAGACUCCUACAGGCCCAACAGCGCUCCUCAAAUCUCAAAUCUACUUCCAUCGCUACGUCGUCUUAUUCUGUCCAGUCAGAUCUCUAUAA